AUUAAACAAACAAAAAAAAAACGAAACAGAACAUAACUCGAUCAACUUUUAAGAGAGAGAGAUGGUGUUGAACAGUAGGUUGGUGGAGACAACAGUGAACAUAUCGACGGAUCUAUGGCAAUACGUAGCUUGUAACCCCGAGAGGCUUCCUCGCGCCACCGUCCUCCGUUUCAUCUUCUGCAUCCCUCUCCUCCAGCUCCGCCGCCUCGCUUCCUCUCUCUGCUCCUACCUCUGCUUCGAUCCCGAUCGCCGCAAUACUCACUCCGAUUAAUUUCCACGGCCACGGAUCGUCAAAUUAGCUCCUAUAUAUAUAUAUAUAUAUUCCUAUUCGUCUGUUAUUUCGACUUUGAUUUGGAUUAUUGUUUUUUCAGUUGCGUAAUUUGUUUGUUUGUAACCGAAAGGAACAUUAUUAAAAUUCGAAUACCAAAAUAAACCGGAAAUAUCAAAACAGACUCAAACCAAACCGGACUGUAAGGGGUUGUUUGUCUCAUCGCACAGUAGAGAAGACGUGUAAACCAAACGAACAUACAUCGAAGGUUUCGUGAGGGAGAAGAUGAAGUCGGUGGUUGCUCAUUUCUCAACGCCUUUAAUCACAGGAGCUAGAUUCUUCUCUCCUACAUGUCUUAUUCAACGGCAAUCGAUCUCCACCGUCCGCUGUAGAAAGUCUUCCUCCUCUCUCACCGUGAUGGCCUCAGCAGCUCAGUCUUCUUCUCAGGCUGUAUCACCAGGGAAUGCUAGCGGUGAGACGGAUGUUUUCAAAAUGAUUCAAGCUCACGAGGCGAAGGCUGCUCGUCUUUCUCGUGUUGAGGAAAUAAGAACUGUGCUUAACGGUAGUGUUUGUGGUAUGCUUUCCACUUUUUCUCAGAAGUAUGAGGGUUAUCCGUCAGGAUCUAUGGUUGAUUUUGCAUGUGAUGCUGAUGGUUCUCCGAUUCUAGCAGUUAGUAGCUUGGCUGUCCAUACAAAGAAUCUAUUAGCUAAUCCAAAAUGCUCACUACUGGUUGCUAGAGACCCGGAGGACAGGACCGGUUUGAGGAUCACCCUACAUGGUGAUGCUGUGUUGGUUUCUGACAAUGACCAAGCGGCUGUUCGAUCUGCCUAUUUAGCCAAGCAUCCCAAUGCUUUCUGGGUUGAUUUUGGGGACUUCAGCUUUAUGAGGAUUGAACCAAAAGUUGUCAGAUUUGUUUCAGGGGUUGCAACUGCUUUUCUAGGAUCUGGAGAAUUCAGCAAAGAGGAGUACCAAGCAGCCAAAGUAGAUCCUAUAGCUCAGUUUGCAAAGCCUGUAACGUCACACAUGAACAAAGACCAUGAAGAGGAUACCAUAGCCAUUGUACACCAUGCAACAUCCAUACCUGUGGAGAGCGCCUUGAUGCUGGAUUUGGACAGCCUUGGUUUCAAUGUGAAGGCUACUCUUCAAGGGAACACCUUCAAGAUCCGAGUUCCCUUCCCAAGACGCGCUCAAGACAGAAAGGAUGUGAAGACACUGAUAGUGGAAAUGCUUCAAGCUGCCAAGUCUGUUUCCAAUUAGUGUUUUUGCUGAAACAAGCCCCAAGCAAAUAAGUCUGUAUCCACUCAGUUUGCCAAAGUAAAAGAUGGAAAAGCUUCAUGUCUUCUAAAGUUCCUGCUACUACUAUUACACAGAAGGCUUCCUCCUUUACACAUUUCUCAAUCUUGUUAUGAACAACACUUCAGUCUUGUAAAUAUCUGAAGAAGUCUAGAACAAAACCUGAUACAUGAUAAAGUUAUAAAUUUGGAUUUGUGAAGUUCCAUUGGA